CGAUUAUUAGACCUAGACCGGAGGGGCCGAGCGGGCUGUAAAGUGCAUGUCGUGAUCGUGAUCAGAACUUUUAGGUGCAGGGUUCUAAGUUCUUCCGGUAUACCCAUUGUUUCCCAGCGCCCGCUAAUAUGCCAGCGGUAUCGAUUGAACCUUAUAUGUCUCCCGUCGCGCUCUCGAUUGGUCUGACAAACCACCGGAACAUAUCUCUACGUUUUAUGGUCCUUCUUGGCUUUUGCGUUUAUAUAUCUGGUUAUCUAAGAAAAGACGCGGCCGAGGAAAGGAAAGGUACUUUUCCCGCUAUCUCCAGUGGUUUUCAUGGCGUACUAUACGGUACGCUGUUCGUUGUGGAAACGUACAUCACCUUUGGGUCUCCAUCUAUUAUUGUUCUUUGAACCGUUUCCAGCACAUUCUUUUUAAAUAUCCAUUAGUUCCUGGACAAGACAAAUCGGACUGGUAGUACCUUGCAGCUUCUUAACGGUUUGUGCCCGUUGAGCACCUUCUUGUUGGAGUUUCAAUUGUCGCGCAUCACAGCGUGGCUGACGUCGGGAUCAUCGGUUGUCAGGGUCAGUCAGUCAAGGACUUGUUUAUUACAUCCUGUUACUUCUAUUAGUGUACAUGGCGAGUAGAUAAAUAGGUAGAUGAACGACGACAACCCUCGC